CUUUUACGUUUACUCUUAAUUGGGCCCAAUUACGCACCUGACCUCAAUGCGUCACUGCGUCUACUUAAACUGCUACAGUCGAUUCCCAUAACCGGCUAAACGAAAAAAUGGCUACGUAUGGUAACGAGACAGUCGACAACUAUAUUUAUUCUACUUACAACCCGUAUUCCUAUAAGUAUCCUAAAUACAAGAGCUGGAGACAGAAAGCAUACUUUGCCAAUUACGGCGAGGGGGAGGCCUACUUCGACAAUUACCACAGGGCGCAGCUGAAAUCCAUUCUGUCUCAGAUCAACCCGAACCUCACCCCGCGUCUGAGAAAAGCCAACACUAAAGACAUCGGGGUUCAGGUUAGCCCGAAGACCGACGCGUCCAUCCAGUGCUCUUUAGGCCCGCGCACACUUCUAGCCCAGAAGCGCGAUGCUCUGCGCAGGAGGCGGCAGGAGGUCCAGACUCCCGGGAGCCCCAUCAGCUGCGGCGUCCGGUUUCCGCGCACUCAAGCCGUAUAUUCUCCGGUCGCAUCCAGGAGGUUAGUGUCCUUCCUGAAGGAGGAAAGUGAGGACACCGAGUCUGAGCCGGAUACCCAGGAGAAGGUGGACUGCGUCGAAAGUACUGCUAGAAACGAACCCAAAGACGGUGCGCGCAGCAAGAGCGCGGACAAAUCCAGUAAAACGCUUAGUCCCGAGAAAGAUGAGAGUAAACGGGCAGAUGCGAAUGAGGAAAGCCGAAGCGAGACGGCGAAAACCGAACAGGACGAACCAAAGUCAAAAGCUCGAGUGAGAUUUCAGUUUUUGGAGCAGAAGUACGGCUUCUAUCACUGCAAAGACUGCAACAUGCGAUGGGAAAGCGCUUACGUGUGGUGCGUCCAAGGCACAAACAAGGUGUAUUUCAAGCAGUUUUGCAGAACCUGUCAAAAGUCAUUCAAUCCCUACCGCGUGGAGGACAUCACUUGUAAGACUUGUAAGAAGACCCGCUGCACGUGUACUAUAACGUCACGUCACGUGGACCCGAAGAGGCCUCACCGGCAGGAUCUGUGCGGGCGCUGCAAAGGCAAGCGGCUCUCCUGCGACAGCACCUUCAGCUUCAAAUACAUCAUUUAGCACACCUUUACCUGGCUGUUGAGAUUGUCCACUUGAGCCUUUCUUCACCUCAUCUGCCUAAAAGCAGAACUGGGGAGAUCACCAUGGUUUUCUUUACGUUUGUUUUGCGUUAAAAUGUGCAUUUGAAGUAACUGUAGGUAUCUAAUCUGGAAAAUAAAAGUGGCAAUUACUAGCACAUCUGAAGCCUUCUUUCAAAAGAGGUGUAGGUGGAAGACAAUCAUGUGGUUGAUAGUUGGAAGUGCUUUGUUUUGAGUCAUGGGUUCAAAUUGUCACAAAGUUGACUGGAUUCAAUAAAUCCAGUUGCUGUAGGUUAACAGCCCACUGAUGUGAAAGCUUUACAUUGAAUUUGGCUUUCGUUGGUUAGAUGGUUAUUU